AAACACUCUACAUGCAGUUUCUCCAUCCUCAUGUACCAUCGCAAGCGACCGAGAUCACCUGAAGGCGGGUCUGCCAACCCGUAUAUCCAUUUUGGAACCCCAUUACCCCCAGAUCCUUCGACCAGGGACGACGGCAGUUACGUUCCUGUCUGGCAACAAGAAGCACGAGAUGAGCGAGGAAGGAAGAGGUUUCAUGGUGCUUUCACGGGAGGCUUUAGUGCCGGAUACUUCAAUACAGUCGGAUCAAAAGAAGGAUGGUCGCCGAGCACCUUCAAGAGUUCACGGACGGAGAGAGCCAAGACGACGCAACGCGUAGAAGAUUUCAUGGAUGAGGAAGAUUUAGCAGAUCUACGCGAGGCGCAAGAGGUUUCCACGAAAGAAUCGUUCAGCGGGAUUGGCACAGAAGCUGAACUUGCUUCGCGAGACUUGUUCGACGACAUCUUUGCGCCCAAGACGCAAUCCAUCGGGACGAAACUGCUGAAGAAAAUGGGUUGGCGUGAAGGUACGGGUAUUGGGCCGCGAGUAACGAAGGCAAGGGAGGAAGCUGCGGCGGGGAAGACCUUUGCGCCGAAGAACACCACUCUCAUCGCGUUCGACAAGAAGGUUGGAACACAAGGCUUAGGAUAUGCCGCAUCGCCUGGUCUUGUCGUGCCGCCUCCACCACCUCCCGUCAGGGAGACUUCGUCGAAACCUGAAAGGCAAAGUGGCUUUGGAGUCGGUGUACUUAAUGAGCUGGAUGGGGAAGAAGACGAAGACCCAUACACUAUCAUCCCGAAGACGAGAUAUGAUAGGGUGCUUGGUGGUGAAAAGAAGAAGGCUGCAGUACUCAAAGCCAGUGGAGCUGUGAGUGCUGCUGCAAGACAUGCGUUCAUCCCAAAGAGCAAGAAGGUAUCUACUGCCAACGCAACGUCAAGCCGGAGAUGCCAUGAUUCGCUGCCGCCUCUUCCAGGCUUUGUAUUGGUCGACACCCCAUUGAUGAACGAGAAGAUGUUCCCACCACCGUCAAUGCCAGAAGGAUGGGAACCCAAAUCAGUCGUACGAACCGCAAAUAUGCCUGCACUUCCGCUCUCGACAGCGGCUGCUGGGCAACAAUUGUCAGCAAGAGAUAGAGGAGCAUUGCUCGGUGAAGCCCCUCUUCCCGGCAAGAGUGUCUUCGACUUCCUAACGCCUGAAGCCCGUGCACGUCUGGUCAAUGUCACAGGCAAGACUGAUCUCCCCCAGGCUAUGUCAGAAAAACAAGCGUCAGCACUGCUCUGGACGCCUGGAAAUGCUGUCGCAAAACCGUCUGUUGAUGCCGAAACAGCAAUACAGGCACUGAAAGGCAACUUCAUGCCAUACGCGGAGGAUCUGGCAAAGCAGAGCAGGUACAGAGCAUGGCUGGAAUGGUGCGCGAAAAUGCGUCCGGAAAUUCCACCGGAUUGUGCGUUACGAGAAAUCGAUGAAUUCACUAGGGUCGCGAUUGUCUUCAGGCCUAUAUCAGGUAUGAUGGCAAAACGCUUUACGUCGUCUACUUCAUCUGCGCUAUCAGCAGAGACAUUGGAGAACAUCGAAGUCUUGCGGCAGGGAGGCCCAGUGGAGAAGAAGGUGGACACCGCGGAGGAAGCAGCUAAGGUUGGCAUGUACGGAAUGAUGACACGGAAAGUGGAAGAUUGGUACCCCAUGCGUCUGUUGUGCAAGCGUUUUGGUGUCAAGGACCCUCACCCAGGCGGUCCAAGCGCGGUUCCGCCUAAACAGGCGCCAGACCUGGUCGACAAGGCUUCUGUGGAUCGACUGUUGAUGGAUAUGCCUCGUCAACAACGGGAAGCUGUUGAGGAAAAGCAACGGAAAGACCAAGCACGAAGGCAAGCUGGAGCUGAGGAGAAGCGGAAAGCUGAGGAAGCCAGGGAACUGCCUUCUGACAGGAAUAAGGCACUGGAGGCAGAAAGACCCGCCAUCGAUGUCUUUGCUAGCAUCUUCGGAGAUGAUGACGACGAUGACUGAUGUAAAGUAACCGCUCUGCAGCUGGUAUAUUGAGUGUAUCAUCCUCCUCCCUUGACGAUUACUUUUUCCAGUGUUCAGAGCUCUCAUGCUUCUGCCUCCUCUUGCUUCAACGCGCUCUGACCCAUACGCAUCUUCUCACUCAUCACCUCCGUAAUCGCACGAAGGUUCGCACUCUUCUGCUGUACCACCUUCUCCAACUCCUUCAUAUUGGUCUCAAUGAAGUUACACUUCUCCUGGUAGAACUUGGUGGCAUCCGCGCUGGUCUUCUCGACGUAGUAUCCUGUGCCAACGUCGACAAUGACAGCAUCCGGCUCGGUGAGUUU